CGGUGCAGGGCUUGAAAAACUGUCAAGCCCGAUUAGGCAUGGCCAGACCAAUUGACACAAACGUGAGGGCUGAGGACUCGACCGUGACAGCGAUUGGAGGACGCUCGUCUCCAAUUCCUCCGUGAACGACCGGCGACGGUGAAAACCUCUCUCUGCUAUUUUUUGGUGUUUUGAGGUUGAAUUCGACGUUCUUGAUCAGAUAAUACACCGGAUUUGCAAAGUUUUCCGGCAACUGGAUCGGUAUUAUAUUUGUUUUGAAGGACUACUAUUCUGCGCUUUGUCCACAAAAUGGCUUCAAAAAUUCUUGCCAACUUGAUAGUAAUGGGCUCAGGGAUAUUGGCAAGGGCUCUGGUUCAAGCAUACCGCCAAGCGCUUCAAAAUGCCUCAAAAUCUGGUGUUGCUCAAGAAACAAUUCAGAACACUAUCCGCAGAGCUAGCAAAACUAUGACCGAACAGGAGGCGAGACAGAUUCUUGGCAUCACUGAGAAUACUGCUUGGGAGGAGGUCUUGCAGAGGUACGAUACUUUGUUCGAGAGGAACGCUAAGAAUGGGAGCUUUUAUCUUCAGUCAAAAGUUCACAGGGCUAAGGAAUGUUUAGAAGCUGUGUACAAACCCAAAGAUUCGAAUGCAACAGGUUGAGAAUCUGGCAGAUUAUCGCCUUGACUUAGUUUGUUGUGUCUUGCGUCCACCUGUUUUUGUAUAAUUUAAUGCCCUACAUUAAGAAAUGGAGAAAAUAACUUUUAUAUCACAUUUUCUCCCAUGUUUUGAACUAACCUUGUAUCUUAAGCUAUGUUUGGUUGCAAGGGAAAUUAAAGUGAAGGGAAGUGAAAAUUUUCAAACUUGUAAUAGAAACUUUUGUACGGAUUACAUCCAUGUGUACAAUAUUUAGUAAUGAUAUCUUAUACAAGCAAUUUUUAUUUUGCUCCUUA